CAAAAAUGAACAUUGAUUACUAGACUAGGGGCCACAAAAUUAUUCCGAGCCAGGGCCUAAUCUACUGUGGGGUCAUAGAUCUAUCAUUUUGUCUAUACUGAAUCGAGUAGAGUAGCUUGCUAGCCGAGUACGAGACUCAGACGUGGAUAUGGAUAGCCAGUCAGGGGUACGGGUAGGUGCCACUGACAAGAAGAGUCAGGAAGCAGAGCACAAGUUGGAGGAGGAGGAGGAGAGAGUAGAGCUAGAGAGCUACAAAGAAGAUGUCACUCCAGCCAGAAAGAGACCUAGGGAUCGUCGCUCUGGUGCUAAUUUCUUAUCGAGAGUGCUCUUUGUUUGGCUGGAUGCGUUGUUCUGCACUGGAGUUAAACGUGACCUACAAGAGGACGACCUCAGUUUGUGUCCUGAGGAGGUAGAAUCUGAGAGACUGUACAAAAAGUUUAAUAAGCAUUGGCAGUUCGAGCUUGAGCGGCACAAUAGUGGGAAAAAGCCGCGUCUAUUCAUGGCCUUGAUCAAAACCUCCUGGUGGAGAUUCAUCCUCCAGGGAAUACUAAUUACAUUUGAAGUGAUAUUGCUCAAUUGCCAACCCAUUGUCCUUGGAUAUUUGAGUGGAUUCUUUGCCCAGCUGGGAACCUUGAAUCUGGCUGAGCAGGUCAACAAUACAGAGUGCUACAUUAACGUCCCACUGGAGAUCGUCAGUACCAGGGACGCCUACCUGUUUGCUGGGGGUCUUGUGUUCCUCGGUCUCUUAAGCCUUUUGGUGCAUGCUCACGCAUUCUUGAUUGGCCAGAAAAUGGGAAUGCUUUGGAGGGUCACAGCCACCACAGCCAUUCAUAAAAAGCUCCUCUCUCUCAGUCAAGUGACUAUCGGUAAAAUAUCCGCUGGUCAUGUGAUUAACCUUUCAUCCAAUGAUGUGCACCGAUUUGACAUGGCUCUCCUGUUUUUCCACUACGUGUGGAUAGCACCAUUUCAAGUGACUGCCUUCUGCUAUCUAAUCUACGUCGAAUUUGGCUGGAGUGCUUUUAUAGGAGUCUUCUUCAUGAUAUUAACCAUUUUCACUCAAUUUUUCGCUGCCAAGCUUUAUGCCUAUUACAGGUUUAAGGCAGCGAGGAUCACAGACAAACGUGUGCGUGUCAUGAAUGAGGUGGUUGUGGGAAUCAGAGUGAUAAAGAUGUACGCUUGGGAGUACGCCUUCAAGAGAGUGGUCAAGGCUUUGAGGAAGAGUGAGGUGCUGCAGGUGUUCAAAGGAGGAGUGGUUCGUGCCGUUUCUGGUACCUUCAUUUAUGGUGGGGCCAGGUUGAUUAUUGUGUACCUUAUAGUUCUUCCGUUCAUUCUCUCUGGAAACACGCUCACUCCCAAGAGUGUCAUAACAACUCUCUCUUUAAUCAAUGUCAUUCGGCUUGUGUUCAUCAUCUUUGUGGUGCGCUGUUUCUUCGUGGUGUACGAGGCCUAUGUGGCUAUCGUGAGAAUACAGGAUUUUCUGCUACUAGAAGAGUUGCCACCUGCUGACGAAGAGGGAGAAAUGGCCACCUCACGUAUGAAUAGUCAGAGACGUGAUUCCAGAGUGAAAAUACUGUCUGGGGAGAGCUCUGUAGCGUACAGCCCUCACACGACCGUGCACCUGUUGGGCGGUGAGUCCAGGAAGGUGUGUGUGGAUGUGAGUGGACUGAGUGCCAGUUGGUCCAUGGAGAGAGACAAACAAGUCCUCACAGACAUCUCCUUCCAAGUAGAUCAGGUUAACUCUCUAUUGGCCAUCGUUGGACCAGUGGGUGCUGGAAAGAGCACGUUGCUGCAGUGCUUGUUAGGGGAGCUCCAGGGAAUAGAGGGAAUAGCCACAGUGUGUGGAGCACUCUCCUACACCUCACAAGAGCCGUGGAUUUUCUCGGGGACUCUGAGAGAGAACAUUCUGUUUGGGUCUCCUCACUUCCCUGAUCGCUAUGACGAAGUCAUUAGAGCCUGCACAUUGGAUAAGGACUUGAAGCUGUUCAUGGAUGGCGACCUGACUCUGGUUGGUGAGAGAGGUGUGACUCUGAGUGGGGGACAGAAGGCAAGAGUUAGUCUGGCCAGAGCAGUCUAUCGUCAGGCAGACAUCUACCUCCUCGAUGACCCACUCAGUGCUGUUGAUACAGUCGUAGCAAAGCACCUCUUUGAGAGGUGUAUUCGAGGGCUGUUGAAAGAUAAAAUCGUUAUUCUAGUCACUCAUCAAGUGCAGUUUGCACUGGAGGCUGACAAACUACUUGGACUCAAAGAGGGACGAAUUGAGAUGUAUGGUACUCACGCUGAGCUGGCUGCCAGAGGAGUGGACACCAAUGCUUUGCUGGGCCUGCUCCAAGAGGGGGAGGCGGGCAGGAAUGGAACUGGUAAAGACAAAUUACACUCUGUCCCCAACCCGCUGGACAACCCCACUCCCAGGAGAAGACGAAAACAACUUGACAGCGAAUCCCUCAAUGAACUCCACGAUAUCGAUGAGGCCUCUAUAUACAUGGCCCCUUCUUUGCUGUCUCUCCAUUCUGUUGUCGACACUGUCACUAGCGGACAAGAUGAUAUAAUCCUGGAGCAGCAAGGUCCACCGUCUGAAGAGAGGGCACACGGAACUGUCUCCAUGAAGACUUACUACAAGUACUUUAGAGCUGGAGGAAACUUCUUGUUUUUGUCCGUAAUUCUUGUCAUUAUAUUUGCCGCUGAGGGAGGCGUGGUUUUGUCUGAUUGGUGGCUAACCAGCUGGGCAAACUGUGACAUUCAGAAAGUCAAUAGUUCACGAGAUUGCACUCUGGAAACCAAUACCAGCCUCUCGGAACUCUGUCAACUCUCGAACAACACAAGACUUUGGAUAUUCACUGCCCUCAUCGCAAUAGCCUUGUUGCUGUUCAUGAUCAGAGCUGUGUUGGUCUAUGCUCUCACUAUCAAUUCCUCACGAGUCUUACACAACAGGAUGUUUGCUUCUGUUCUGAGAGCCCCUGCAAGAUUCUUCGACACCAAUCCAAGUGGACGAGUAUUGAAUCGCUUCUCAAAGGACAUUGGCUUCCUAGACGAUCUCCUACCAAUAGUUUUCUUUGAAUUUAUCGAAAGAUUGAUCAGAUUUCUGGCCAUUCUGAUAAUAUCUAUAGCAGCCAAUCCUUGGCUUGCGAUUGUGGCUGCAGCUGUCAUGGUGGUGUUUGUCUUCUUCCGUUGGUAUUACCUGAAGACUGCCCGAGACGUAAAAAGACUGGAAGCCAUAGCUCGCAGUCCUAUCUACUCUCACAUCUCCACUACUCUGCAAGGGCUGCCCAUCAUCAGAACCUUCCAGAAACAGGACAUUGCUCAGAGACACUUGUGUCAUCACCAGGAUGUCCACAGUGAAGGUUGGUAUGCCUAUCUCGUGACAGCAAGGUGGUUUGCAAUGCGGAUCGAUCUCCUCAGUGCUGGUUUCCUCGCCUUUGUCGUCUUCACCUCAAUUCCCCUUGCCUCAGAGUUGAGUGCUGAGCUGGUGGGACUGAGUCUAGUGUAUGCUGUGUCACUUUCUGGACAGUUACAGUACUGUAUUCGACAGAGCGCUGAAAUGGAGAAUAUUAUGAUAUCAACAGAACGAAUUCUGGGGUACAGUAGAUUGGAGUCUGAAGCCUCACUGGAAACAAUUCUUCCCAACCACAAACCAUCUCCAGAAUGGCCUGAGGAAGGGCGAAUCAAAAUGGAGAAUGUGUCUUUCCAGUACUCGCCUGAGUUGCCCCUAGUAUUGAAGGACCUUAAUCUCACGAUCCAGCCAGGAGAGAAGGUUGGAGUUGUGGGGAGGACAGGAGCAGGAAAAUCUUCCCUCCUCUCAGUGCUCUAUCGACUGGCCGAGCCCUCCGGUGUCAUCACCAUCGAUGGUGUGGACGUACAGUCCAUUGGAUUACAUGACCUUCGCAAUAAGAUGUCCAUCAUUCCUCAAGACCCUGUACUAUUCAGUGGGACAAUGCGUUACAACCUAGACCCUUUCAAUGAGUUCUCGGACAAUGAGUUGUGGAAUGUGCUGGAGCAGGUACAGUUGAAGGGAGCAGUUGAGCAACUGGAGGGGCAGCUGGCUGGCGAGGUGUCUGAAGGAGGUAGCAACUUCAGUGUGGGGCAGAAGCAGCUCGUGUGUUUGGCCAGGGCACUACUGAGGAAGAACAAGAUCCUGAUACUGGACGAGGCCACUGCUAAUGUGGACCCACGAACUGAUGAGAUUAUCCAGCAAGCUCUUCGUAAGAAGUUCACUCAGUGCACAGUCAUCACAAUAGCUCAUCGACUGAACACUAUUAUGGACUCGGACAGAAUAUUAGUGAUGAGCAAUGGAAGAUUGGAGGAGUUUGAUCAGCCCCUCUCUCUCCUGGAAAACUCAGAUUCUCUCCUCUCAAAGAUGGUGGCUAAAACUGGCCCUGUGGCAUCCAGGAAGCUGAGACUAAUGGCUGAAGAUGCUACCAGAAGGCAAAACUCUGUGUUUAGUUUGCCUUUGUGAGCCUGCUUUAUAUACUAUUGGGUUGUUUCAACUUAACUAUUGAUUUUUGUGUUCAUGUUUAUUCAGGGUGUGAAACUAUAUAAUAAUUGAUACGAGCAUGCAUGUUAGUAUACACACUUAACUCCUAUAAAUCUAUAAAUCUAUACUGUAUAUUUGUUUUUUCACUUUCACAAA